CGCUGUUGAUCCUAUUUUGGUCAGUGCCUGUGGAAGUGAAGUCAAGUGAAGUUUGGGCGCAAGAAAGUCGAUUAAAUUGAAAGUUGGCUUGGGUGUAAUGUUCAGAUUGCGAUUAGAAAAGAGGCAGAAAGUCUGUGUACAUUAGUUUCGACCAGUCUGGAGGAGCUUAUGAAAAUAUUUCGCGAUGAAAGCCGAGGUGGCCACAGCUGUGAACUUUAUCACCACAUUGUUGAGAGGAACAGGACUUCUCUCUGAAGAACAACUCCAAGACUUCAGCCAUUCUCUGGAGGAGGCUUUGGGAGAGCAUUAUGAGCACCACUGGUUCCCCGAUGCACCUUUCAGAGGAUCGGGAUAUCGCUGUAUUCGGAUCAAUCACAGGAUGGACCCGCUAGUAGGAAAAGCCGCUUACACCGUCGGCCUCAGCAGGGAGCAGCUUUUCUCCCUCUUACCCAGCGAGCUUACAAUGUGGGUUGACCCCUACGAAGUGUCCUAUCGUAUAGGGGAGGAUGGGUCCAUAUGUGUACUGUACGAGUCCGCACCGCCGCAGGAGACUCGUCUGAACUCUGUGGACAGCUGCAAAGAGAAACUGCGAAUCAGUCACUCAAGCCCGUCCAAAUCCUUCACUGUGAUGACCGUGUCCAGUUAAUGUCUCUGUACGGCUGGCAUAUGUCUUACGUUGUUCUGUUUUUUUUUUAACGAUGAUUUUUAGUGACUGAUGAAUUUGGAUAUAUUUUGAUUCAAUGCUUGAUUUUAACAACUGUAAAAAUUUGUACAUUUUUUUUAUACAUUUUAAUUAAAAUCGAUGCUUCGA